AUGGCACCCAUCAGUGUUCUCCGAGACAAGAGAAGCGUUGCUGAGAUCACAAAGAAGUUUGCUAUACCUGAUGUGAGCAUCGAUUUCUGCAGUGACGACAACGAAGAUAGUUUGAAAGACGUCGAAUCCUCGCCAAAGCAAGGGAAAACCCCACCACGUGUACCAAAACUAGACUCAUUGGCCGAUGCUAUUCAGAGAUCACUGCUGGGAUACACAUCACCCAACACAUCACCGAGGAAGUGGGAGGAAUGGUACGAAUUCCACAACAAGUUCGAUGUUGUGUUUGAUGACCACGAGGCUACCUGCUCUCCCAAAGAGUCCAACCGACCCUCAGUUCACCAGAGAGAGCCAGCACAAGACCACCAGGAGAAUCAGCAUGUCAAGAAAGUCUUGCCUCCCACCAGACCUAGGGAGACGCUAGCCCGGUGCCUCUCGCCGCAGAGGCGGGUGCACACUGCUCCCACCGAGUGCAAGUCUGAGCGGCAGAAUGUGGAGGAAGAAAGGAGGGUCCAGCGGUCUGUAUGCAAGCUGGAAGGAAGAAUGGAGCUGAGAGAGCGGGCGGACUCCUUGCAAGGCCUCAGUGUGCUCUGUCGGCUAGAUUCGAAGGGGAAUUUCUCGAUUUUCUCAGCAAAGAAUCUGUCGGAUUGCAUUGGAUCGUUUCUAGUAAGAGACGUCAUUGUCAAAUCGAGAAGCGAGAAGGAACAUCUUCUCAUACUGGAGCCCUGCGACGAUAGAAAUAACAUGGACACGCCUGACAAGGAUGCGAUUCAUCUCUUCUUCAAGCAAGUCACUGAUCGGAACCUGUGGAUGGAGAGGUUGAUAGUUGCCGGUGCCAAGAAGGUCGAAAGCAUUCUACCGACCUUUCAACCCAGAACACUUCGAAGAAUGCAUUCUGCGGGAUGUCAAGCUGAAGCUUCCGACAAACCCUCCCCACCGCUGCGAAGAAAGUCGUAUAGUGCCAUAGAGAGCAGAAACCGAGUAUGA